UUUUUUUUUCCCCCCCUUUUUCCUUCCACCCACAAUAUUUAAUAUGGAAAAGAAUAUGUGAUUCUGUUACAUUCUGUUUGUGGUUUGUUUGGUUGGUUGUUUGUCUUUUUGAACAAAGUCCACGAGCAUUGCCACUUUUCAUUUCACUGCACAUCUCGUAUGUGUAUGUGACGAAUAAACUUGACUUGUUAUACGGUGAUUUGGGUUUAUGUAGGAUUUUCACAGCCAUGGAACUUCUCAAAGCAGUUUACACACAAGUAAGGCUUUUGAAAUGUAGGCAAAAUGAUAGGACAGAGAACAGCCGAUCUAUGGACACAAGGAUCUCAAGUAGCAAUGUGAUCAUGAUUAGACAACGUUAUCCAAACUUGAAAAGGUCGUUAAAUUGAUCAACAUUAGUCCUUGUGUCCUCCAAGACCUCACCUAUCAUCUCUCCGCACAUGCACUCGUUACAGCAGGGAGGCUCUAGGUAACAAUUGAUAGACACAGAAAGCUAGAGUAACUCAGCGGGUCAGGAUGCAUCUCUGGAGAGAAGGAAUAUGUGACUUUUCAGGUCGAGACCCUAAUCUUCAGACCUCAGUUGAUUGGGAAACCCGCCUGACUUUGACCCUUCCAAACUAAUGCUCAUAUGUUGCAUUUCAUGAAAAAAUAAACGUUCUUCAAAGUGCUUUGGAUCUUUGAACCUUUAUUUAUUAAAUAUAAUAGAAAUACUGAAUUCAGAAAGAAAAAUUUGCUUGGGCAGAGAAUUGUCAAAUUGCUGUUGUUUCCAUGGCAUUGACUUGGUCUUGACCAGCCGUGAGAACUGUCUCUCUAUCAGAGUCUGAGGGACAGGGUGGGUGGAGGGAAAGCUCAUCUGAAGAAACUGUUCAUACUACUUUCAGAUAGAAAUCCAAUCAUUGCAAAGGAAAGGCUGUGGAUUAUCUAUAGGGUUUUCCUGGCUUGUAGCAACGUUCUGCUCAAAGUAAUCUUCAUACUUAACCGAAAAUCAAAAUGCUGCAAAUAUAAAAGCAUUUUGAGUACACUAACCUCAUUGGCUCACGGUUGCAUCGUUAGUUGCAUUUUAAUAAAAUUAGUGAGUUAUUGAUGAGGACGGAUCCUGACUUGUGCGCUUUCAGUAAACAUUAACUAGCACCUUUAUUAGCAGAGUGAAUGUGGGCACUCUCCAACAUUGCUGACAUUUCUGUGGCAAGUAGCGAGAGGCAAGCAUGAAUAACACCACCGAGGUAUUCACGGGGAGUUUGGGGCUGCUUUUGUCCACGCUGGAAAUGAACAGCUCGAUGGGUCACGAUCAUGAUCACAGCAGCAUGUCCAUGGACCCUGGUGGCCAUGAACACCACUCUACAGCUGCACCAAGCCACGGCACUCAUGGCAUGAUGCAAAUGACAUUCUACUUUGGGUUCAAAGAUGUGUCACUGCUCUUCCCGGGGCUGCUGAUCAAUUCUGGUGGAGGGAUGGUUGGAGCCUGCGUGGUUGUCUUCCUGUUUGCAGUCAUUUAUGAAGGGCUAAAAAUCAGUCGGGAAUGUUUGCUCCGCAAGUCGCAGGUUAAUGUCCGUUAUAACUCCAUGCCUGUCCCGGGACCAAAUGGAACAAUAUUGAUGGAAACUCACAAAACGGUCGGGCAGCAGAUGUUCAGCAUUCCCCACUUCAUCCAGACCGGACUGCACGUCAUCCAGGUGGUCAUCAGUUACUUCCUCAUGCUGGUCUUCAUGACCUACAACGGUUACCUCUGCAUCGCUGUGGCAUUGGGCGCUGGUGUUGGAUACUUUCUCUUUAGCUGGAAGAAGGCUGUGGUGGUGGACAUUACAGAACACUGCCAUUAAUGCCGGCUCAGUGGGGAAUUUGAAUGAAUCAGUCCUCACAUCUACCAUCUAAGUAAUGGAUAUACACGCACACACAGGCACGCACGCGCCCGCCCACGUGUAUGUGUCUGCGUUUGUGUAACUAUAUAUAAUAUAAUAUAUCAUUUCUUCCAUGGCUCUCUCUCUUUCUGUGUGUGUUCAGACUACAGUUUAAAGAUUGCUGCUUUAAUUUUGAUCUGCUUCAUGUCUUAGUCAGGAACGCCCUGCCCUUCCUGCAGCCUCACGUAUGAUGAAUUGGUGGUGAGGCAGCACUUUUGACCCAAAGAGCUAAGCAUGAGAGCAAAUUAAAACCACGCGACGUAACUUUAUCUGGAGUCACAUGUAAAAUAGUUACAAUAUUAUCUUUUCUCAGAUGGAAUUUUGUAAGAUUCUCAGCAAAUCAUUUGUUAGAUUCUGGUAUUGAAUGUCAAUGCCUUAAUCCCAUUGAUUAUAAAUCAGAAGUAGUUACCUCACAUGUGCAUCUUUCGUUACUAUGAGGUUCAGCAUUAGAACAAAAAAGAGAGGUCUUGGUCAACAAUCUUGUGCUGGAGGUCUCACACUCGUGCUGGAGGUCUCACACUCAUGCUGGAGGUCUGACACGCGUGUGCUGGCAGUCUGACACACGUGCUGGAGGUCUGACACGCGUGUGCUGGCGAUCUGACACGCGUGUGCUGGCGGUCUCACACGCGUGCUGGCGGUCUCACACACGUGCUGGAGGUCUCACACGCGUGCUGGCGGUCUCACACACGUGCUCUCACACACACGUGCUCUCCCCAAAUGUUAAGAGGACCAAGACUUGACAAUUAUUGAAUGUCACUCAGUAAUCAGCAUUUUUUGUAGCACCUUGGAUCAUUUCAACCUUAAAAUAUGUAUUGAAAGAACUUUUAUUUGUUUGGGUAAAGUCAUGGGUAUCUGAUUGCCAUUUUAAAUCUAAACCAAGGAACACACCUUGCUCCAGCCUCCAUGUCAGUCUGUGUUCCUGUGUGAUCUUCGGCUCUGAAGAUAUCCUUGAUUCACAAAACGUUUUGUACUUGUCCUGAUGAAAUUGUAUUAUUUUUUAAACUUCUGUAUUGAUUCCAGAUCGAUGUAUGGAACCACCUGGAAUUUAUGGUCAGAUUUUUCUUCCAUAUUAUCAUGGGGAGAAUUUAUAGUUGCUGUCAUUUGGAGAACUGGAAGACCCGUUUUAAUUUUUGUGGAUGUGGCUGGGUUUAGGUGCAGUACAUAUAAAGAAUGCCUGGGACCAAUAGGAAUAAAUGAACGGUCCAUCUCAAUUAAUUUUUAAAAUGUAUCUGUUUUUAAUCAAUUAGUGACAACCAUAAACUUGACAAGAUUAUAUUACGUUAAAUAAUUGGCCUGCAUUGUGGGAACGAUCAGUCAAGUCCGUUAAACUGAAGGAAAAAAAGAAAAAGUUUGAAAUAUUCCAGCAACCUUUAUGGAGAGAAGUCGAACUACCAUUUCAGGUCCACCAUUGUAAUAUCAGAAACAUUUGCUAAGGAAAUUGUCAGAUUCAAUGAAGACAAUUCACCCUAAAUGUUCUCUCUCUUCAGAUGAUGCCUGGUCUGCUGAGUAUCUCAGAUUUUCUUUUUUCUGUUUCAAUUUCCAGCAACAUUUUUUUUGUUAAAAUUAAAGUUACUUGUUCUGUUUCAGUUGUGCAAGGUUGGGUAAGCAUUUUUUUUAAUCCCUUCUUCACAAAUUCAUUAGGAUUAGAAACAUAUAAAGGAGCUGCUAUGCCUUUUGCUCAAAUCUAUGGUUUCACUGAAUUAAAAUAAGUCUAUUAUGUCAAGUAAUUGGAGUGACGUUGGUGCUGGAUAAUCCGUAGUAUCGUGAGUUUGCACGCUGUUGCGUCCGACACGGAGACAUCACAGCCAAGUUAGAAUAGAAACAUAGAAAAUAGGUGCAGGAGUAGAGGCCAUUCGGCCCUUCGAGCCUGCACCGCCAUUCAAUAUGAUCAUGGCUGAUCAUCCAACUCAGUAUCCCAUCCCUGCCUUCUCUCCAUACCCCCUGAUCCCUUUAGCCACAAGGGCCACAUCUGACUCCCUCUUAAAUAUAGUCAAUGAACUGGCCUCAACUACCUUCUGUGGC